CGCACAACUCUUCCCAUUUAUUUUCUCCAUCAGCCAGCCAUGUCUCAACAACUGAGCCAACCCAAGCCCUUCACUAUGACCACCAUGACGUCCAUGUCAAACCAGUGGAGCUCGGGCAUUUGCGACUGCUUCCAGGAUUUGAAUUUUUGUUGUUUCGCCUGCUGGUGCCUUCCGUGCUUCACGUGUAAAACGUCAGUGGAUGCCGGAGAGUGUCUCUGUCUACCGCUGCUGGACACCUUUGGGAUCAUCCCGCCCAUAACCACCGCCCUGAGGGUGUCUGUACGUCAGCGCUACAAUAUCGAGGGUACAGUCUGCAACGAUUGCGUGUACGCUUGUUGCUGCGGGCCAUGCUCAUGGUGCCAAAUAGCCCGAGAGAUGCAAGUCAGAAGUAAUCCCAUAACAUUUGUCAACAUGGCCGCCUGAAGGAAAGAAAAGAAGAAGAAAAAAACGCCCCCAAGCCAUUCAUUUCGGCGCCAUCUUGAAGCCAAAGGCGCCGUGUGUCCAUUUCCUUCAGUGCAAGACACUGACAAUAUCUGAGAUUGCCUCUCUUGGAAUGCCGCAGAGCAGCUGAUUAAAGUCUGGGACAGAUUUAACACCCAUAUGGCACGAGAGACUUGACCUCAAGCUGUUGUACAUUAAGCCACGUGUGUCCUAAACCUAAAAAUACAAAUAAACAAGAAAACUACAAAAAACAACAGCAAAAAUAAAUUAAAAAAAGAGAGAGAAUACAAUGAAAUGUUGGUAUUGCUCCCACAAAGCUGAGAUGCAGACUGUUUUAAAUGUAACAUACGUCUGAGUGGCUUUUAGACUUACUGUAACCGGGAAUAAUUUAUGAAUAUAAACGUAUAAUAGCCUUUGCUUAGGCAACUAUUUUAGAUUAAGUGUUUUACUUACAGAUUGACAGAUAAUUUGCUUUGAAAUCAUAAGUCAAGGUGACCUGCGACAUAUUUAGGUAUUUAUGUUUGAUAACAUGCAGUAUAUUUUUCUUUCAAAAUUGAAGGAACAAAUACAUUUAACCAGAAAGUGCUUUAAGUAUUAUUUCCAUUUAUUUAAUAAUUUCAUUUUUAUAUUUUUGGGGGUGAGUCACAUUAAAUCAGGGGUGGCAAACGUACGGCCGGAUCAGGCCCGCGAACAGGUUUUAUCAGGCACGUGGGAUGAGUUUGCUAAGUAUGAAAAUUAACCUGAAAUUUUUGAAUGAAAGAAACAGCUGUUCUAAAUGUGUCCACUGGCAAUUCUUUGUAUCUUUGUAGAUGAUGCUACAUAUGUACAAAAUAAACCACAUGAUGUUAGUACAUCAGUCGAGGAAAAUGAGCAAACUACAUAAAUAACAUACUGUAAUUUGAUUUUGAUAUAAUUUUUUUAUCUUGAUAGAUUGAAAAUUAACACCAUUGAGUUGACUGAGAAAGUAUAAAUAACGACAAAUACAUGUAGAAUACUAUUAACCGCAACAGGUAAGUGUAAAAAAAACAACCCAAAAACAUUAUGAUUUGUACAAUUUUAGAAUGUGCUUGUUCUAUUUUUAAACAAAGAAAACACUCUGAAGUUGUCUUUAUUUUUAAGUUACCGUGCCGUGGUUUUACCAGUUUGGCCCACUUGGGAGUAGAUUUUUUUCCAUUUGACCCCCGAUCUAAAAUGAGUUGACACCCCUGCAUUAAAUGAUUUAGAGGGUCACUUUAAUGAUUUGGAGGCCCACUUUAAUGAUUUGGAGGGCCACAUUUUAUGAUUUGGCGUGCCAGAUCUGGCCCCCGGACUUUGAGUUUGAAAACUGUGCUUUAAAGCUUUGAUGUGCAGCUCACAUGGUAAUUUCUACUGACAUGCUAAAUUACUAUGUUGCUUUUGUUAUGUGGGGGUCCCUAAUCAUUAGCUUUGCCUUGGGCCCCGAAAUGACUAAAUAAGCCCUUGGUAACAGCCACAGGUGAAAGUACUUGAUCUGCCAAGAAAAGUUCAAAACUGUACUGGGCUCAUAUAUACCAAAUAAACUAACCAUUAAAACAUUUGCACUUUUC